ACACACACACACACACAAAUUGACAUAAUUUAUUUGCCUUCCACACUAGACUGCGAUCAUGAGCCAUGGGCUAUAACUCAAAAUUAUUUCUAUAUUCUUGGAUUGGAACAUUAACAAUGCGCAUGUUUUCAAUGAAUUCUCUUUUACAAGGACAACUUCUGAAUUCUGGAAAGAUAAAUAAGCCCAGGGUAGGUGGUGGGGUGGUGCUGGUGCGGCGGUUGGUGAAGGCUCCGCCGGACAGCGACAUGUUCCAGGCGGCCACCUCGGGGGACCGUGACUGGCUGCGACUCAGCCUGAAGCGGGCGCUGUCCCCAACGCAGCUCGACAAACAGGGUCUGACGGUGCUCCACGUGGCCAGCCUACACGGGCAGUUGGAGUGUAUGAAGCUGCUGUUGGCAUCCCAAGCGGUGGACAUAAACGCCAGCUGCCCCCUGGGCCGCAGACCCAUCCACAUGGUCCUCACUGCCAAGAGCAGACCCCACUCCCAUGCCUGCCUCACCUACCUACUGGAGCACGGAGCCCUGCCAAACGUAGCCACUGACACAGGGUUGACGCCCCUCCACCUGGCUGCCACCGAGGGCCUGUGGGAGUGUACCAAGACUCUAGUGCAGGCGGGGGCAGACACUGGUGCACGAGACAACCGAGGACACACACCUCUGGAACUGGCACGCAUCUGGUGCCACAGAAGGAUCGCCAGGUUUCUGAAGGACUCUAUGUGGCAGAACGAGAAGAAAAGAGAGAUGGAGAGGCGCAAGGCGCUGCAGAACCUUCGGCAGGACCUGUUCAACAUGCACAGGAGGGCCGAGAACAUAGAGAAGGUGGGGAGACAGAAGUUGAUGGAAGAGAAGGUCACGGCGUGGGCCGAUAAGAAAGGCCUUCCCCUCCUCUGGGCCCAGCCUAUGGCCACAUGGAACCAGGCUCACGCCCACUGCCUCUCCCCAGACCAGAGGCCACAAAGCCAGAGGACCAAGGUCUGCCACAGGCAGCAUCCAGGGGCCCCUCCUCGGGAGGCCUGGAACAUCUCCCCCAACCCCUCCAAACCCCCGCCAGCCUCUGUCUCCCGGCCCCAGGGGGUGCGUCUGAGCAGCCAGCCUGAGAGGUCCCCUCCAGAGCCCGACCUGAGGCGCAGCAUAACUCUCUGCAGGGCCCGUGGGGAUGGACGUCCCCAGUACACUGCCAAGUGGGACGGGUCCCCCCAGUCGGUCCCCAACCUGCCCUGGGAUGUCCUUCAGAGGGGGCUGUUCUCUGCAGCCUUCCCAUCAAGGAUUGCCUCACCCAACCACUUCCAGCCCAACCAUGUGCUGGAUCUGCCGCGCCUCGGCUGCUCCCCAGGACCCAACACCUCUCCCUGGACAGAGGUGGCCAUGCACCUGGCUGAGGAGCUGGAGCCUGGCCACUACUGACUGGAUGGAGAGGUAAAGUUGCCCCUAACCAAUGAUCCAGAGUCAGAUUUAUUUCAUCCCUCUAUGUGUUAAGGUUAGAAUGGCAGGUAGGGCAAUCUGAUCCUAGAUCUGUGGUUGGGGGCAACUUCUACUUUAAGGAGUGGUGGAGAUCCACUUUCUCCCAGUCUUCUCCCAGUACUGUAAUGGAGAGACACUGUACUGACUCUACUGUCACCAAGCAUCACAGGUGAUUGGACAGUGGUGUUCUGCAAAACAUAUAUUUUGCAUAUCAGGAGUAUUUUUAUUAUUAAAAGGUGUGAUAUUUGA